AACGCCAGUCAGUGGUUUAUUGCCUAAACAUGAAGACGAUUCGUAAAAAAAUUUUUAUUGUCUGGUUAUUUUUAAUUAUAUUUUUUAUUUCAUAUGAGAUCGCUCAAGAAAAGCGAUCACCUGACUCUCUCAAAAUCGAAGAAGCUCUAACUGAACAAGUUAACAGAUUUCAAGAAAAUGUUAACACUAGACUAGAAGCUCUAGAAGCAGCGAAUAUGAAGCAGUUGGUAGAGCUAAAGCACCGUCUAGAAGCACUCGAUUCGACCAAAAUCUUAAAUCUGCAGCACGUAAUUAAUGGUCUAGAAAGUCUCGAGCUCACAGUAGAUACCAGGUUAGAACAGUUAACACAUAGUAUACGAACUUUCGAAUCUACAAAUGAGGCACAAAUAGAACAGUUAACGCAUCGCAUAGACGCUGCCGAAUCCACGAGUGCCUUGUUCAUAGAAACAAGAUCGAUAGAAGGAGUCUUCGAAUCCGCAUACAAUUUACAGUUCAAGCAGUUAACAGAUCCUCUGAAAUCCAUUGACUUAAAAAAUAAAACAUCACGUUAUCUUACACAACAAACAAAAGCGAAUUUUCCAAGAAACUGUAGGGACAUCAAAGAAUGGGGUUACGGUUUUUCUACCAUUUACAUGGUCAAACCAGACCGUGCUCCUAAAGCCAUAGAAGUUCUGUGUGACUUAGACGAGAAAGGGGGUGGAUGGACACACAUUCUAAAUAGGUUUGAUGGAUCACAAAGUUUUGACUUUGAUAUGGAAGUAUAUAAAAACGGAUUUGGUAAACUUUCGGGUGAGUUUUGGCUGGGUUUGGACAACAUUCAUCAUUUAACUGGAUAUAAAGAAAACGAAUUGCUGGUAGAACUGGUAGAUUGGGACGAAAAUUAUAGAUUCGCCCAUUAUGAUCGUUUCAGGAUAGGCAGUGAAGACGAAGGUUAUGUAGUGACUGUGUCAGGGUAUAACGGUACUGCUGGAGAUUCUUUGUCUUUCACCGACAAAACGAAAUUUAGUACACGAAAUUUUGAUUUGGAUAAAAACCCUGCAAUGAGCUGUGCUGAAUUUUGCUUUGGAAGUUGGUGGUAUGGCAAGUGUAACACUUCUCUUCUCACGGGAAAAUACUUGGAAGGCCAUGUCCACGAAAAUGAGACAAGGGAUAUUAUGCACUGGUCCACAUUCCGAGGGGACGAAUAUAGUCUCAAGGAAGCUAGAAUGAUGGUUAGACCUAGAAUCGAACCAAAUGACUAGCUGUGCUGGAAGCAACACAUUUUUGUAAGAACUGGGGUGUGACAUGAAAUUAAAAUUUUUGCUUGUGUUGUGUAGAGUGAUAAAAGGCCUCAAUAAAACUGACCUUAAUCCUA